CGCCGCAGUUUGCCGCCGCUGCUGGGCGCCUAGGCAGAGCUCCCCGGGCUUCGUGAGGCCGCCAUGGACGAGCAGGCGGGGCCCGGCGUCUUCUUCAGCAACAACCACCCGGGAGCUGGCGGUGCUAAGGGGCUCGGGCCUCUGGCGGAGGCUGCAGCGGCCGGAGACGGGGCGGCUGCGGCGGGGGCGGCCCGAGCUCAGUACAGCCUCCCGGGGAUCUUGCACUUCCUGCAGCACGAAUGGGCCCGCUUCGAGGUGGAGAGAGCCCAGUGGGAGGUGGAGCGGGCGGAGCUGCAGGCUCAGAUUGCUUUCCUUCAGGGGGAGAGGAAAGGUCAAGAAAACUUGAAGAAAGAUCUUGUGAGGAGGAUCAAAAUGCUGGAAUAUGCUCUGAAGCAGGAAAGAGCCAAAUAUCACAAGUUGAAAUAUGGGACAGAACUGAAUCAGGGAGACAUGAAGCCUCCAAGCUAUGAUUCUGAUGAAGGUAAUGAAACAGAGCUGCAGCCACAGCAAAACAGCCAAUUAAUGUGGAAACAAGGCCGGCAGCUACUCAGACAGUAUCUCCAGGAGGUUGGCUACACAGAUACUAUUCUAGAUGUUAAAUCCAAGCGUGUGCGGGCAUUGUUGGGCUUUUCAAGUGAUGUCACUGACAGGGAGGAUGACAAAAACCAGGACUCUGUGAUAAAUGGCACAGAGGCUGAAGUUAAAGAGACAGCAAUGAUUGGAAAAUCCGAAUUAACGGAUUCUGCCUCUGUGCUGGACAAUUUCAAAUUCCUUGAAAAUGCAGCUGCAGAUUUCAGUGAUGAAGACGAGGACGAGGACGUUGAUGGGAGAGAGAAAAGUGUCAUUGAUACUUCCACAAUUGUUAGGAAAAAAGCACUGCCUGAUACCAGUGAAGAUCGAGACACAAAAGAAGCUCUGAAGGAGUUUGACUUCCUCGUCACAUCAGAGGAAGGAGACAAUGAGUCUAGAAGUGCAGGCGAUGGAACGGACUGGGAAAAGGAAGAUCAGUGUCUGAUGCCUGAAGCCUGGAAUGUGGACCAGGGAGUGAUUACCAAACUGAAGGAGCAGUACAAAAAGGAGAGGAAGGGGAAGAAGGGGGUGAAGAGAAAAACUACCGAAGAUCUGUUUCAGCCUCUAUCCUAUAUAAAACAGUCAAAACAGGGAUGUGGGAGAAUGAAGACUCAAAGCCCAGGGCCCAACAGGUCAAAACUACAAGAUAUGCUUGCUAAUUUGAGAGACGUUGAUGAACUUCCCUCCUUGCAGCCAUCUGUUGGCUCGCCUUCCAGACCCAGCAGCUCCAGGCUUCCUGAACAGGAGAUCAGUAGGGCAGAUGAAGUGGAAGCACUGACGUUUCCUCCUUCUUCUGGGAAGUCAUUUAUCAUGGGAGCAGAUGAAGCCCUUGAGAGCGAGCUGGGCCUUGGAGAACUAGCAGGCCUUACGGUGGCCAAUGAAGCAGAUUCACUAGCGUAUGAUAUAGCAAAUAAUAAAGAUGCCUUGAGGAAGACGUGGAAUCCUAAGUUUACUUUAAGGAGUCACUUUGAUGGCAUCCGAGCCCUUGCUUUCCACCCCAUCGAGCCUGUGUUAAUAACAGCAUCAGAGGACCAUACGCUGAAAAUGUGGAACCUGCAGAAAACAGCCCCAGCCAAAAAGAGUACUUCUCUCGAUGUGGAGCCUAUCUAUACCUUCAGGGCUCACAAAGGUCCGGUGCUGUGUGUGGUGAUGAGUAGCAAUGGCGAGCAGUGCUACAGUGGUGGCACUGAUGGACUGAUCCAGAGCUGGAGCACCACCAACCCCAACGUCGACCCCUAUGACUCUUACGAUCCUUCAGUUCUACGAGGCCCUCUGCUGGGCCACACGGAUGCGGUGUGGGGGCUGGCCUACAGUGCGGCACACCAGCGCUUGUUGUCCUGUUCCGCAGACGGCACUCUUCGCCUAUGGAACACAACCGAGGUUGCACCAGCACUGAGUGUAUUUAAUGAUAACCAAGAACUGGGAAUCCCUGCUUCUGUGGAUCUGGUGAGCAGCGACCCGAGCCAUAUGGUAGCAUCGUUCAGCAAGGGAUAUACAAGCAUCUUUAACAUGGAAACACAGCAGCGAAUUCUCACAUUAGAAUCCAAUGUCGAUUCAACAGCCAGUUCUUCCUGCCAAAUAAACAGAGUCAUCAGUCAUCCCACCCUCCCGAUCAGCAUCACUGCUCAUGAAGACAGGCACAUCAAAUUCUACGACAACAAUACAGGCAAACUGAUCCACUCGAUGGUGGCCCACCUGGAGGCUGUUACAAGUUUGGCAGUUGAUCCAAAUGGCCUGUACUUGAUGUCUGGCAGUCAUGACUGUUCAAUACGCUUAUGGAAUUUAGAAAGUAAGACGUGUAUCCAGGAGUUCACAGCUCAUCGGAAAAAAUUUGAAGAAUCGAUUCAUGAUGUAGCAUUCCACCCUUCCAAAUGCUAUAUAGCCAGUGCUGGAGCCGAUGCCCUGGCUAAGGUCUUUGUAUGAUGUGGUGUAUCAGCUUCACCUUGUAGCUCUUUAUAAAAGUCAACUGCACAACAAGAUACGGAAGACCAGGGCAAGAAUCAGCUCGCCCUGCCUUUUUGUUCUGCUGAGGGAGCACAGAGAACUCUGUUAAAGUAUAGUUUUGCAAUUCGUAUACUGUUUUCUAAAAUUAAGGUUUGUUCAGGUUGCUGCAAGCUCAGCCAAACCUGUGAACCUGAAACUUUCAGAUUUCCCCCCAAAGAGGCACUUUUAUUUCUGAAGUUUUUUUUCUAUUUCUCAUUCGCUAGGCAGGCCUGAGCGGAACAGGUUUAGCGUCUCCCUUUUGAGUAAACAGGGCAUGCUGUCAUGGAUAAUUAGAGUUGAAUGCUGGGAAUGAGUAGAGUGGAAACCUAACUGUACUUCCACCCUGAGACAUCUGCUAACCAUGUUAGGUAGUCAGCUGUACAGUUGCAUCUGCUCUACUAACCCCACUAUGUAAAACGACCAGUCAGUGUUCAAGUGAGUUCCUACCACAGCUGUUCUUUCAGCCAUUCUCAUAAAGCACAUGGCAAAGCAUUUCACCUGUUAGGAAGAAAAGAUGCAAUAAUAUGUUAAGUAUAGUACUAUUCAGAAAUGCUAAACAAAUACUUAAUUUGUAAGCAGAUUUCUAUAUUGUAUUACAAUUUUGAAAGUAGAUGCGGAGCCAUUCUAAAGUUUAGCUGUGAAGCACUAACAGUCAAGAGUGUUAAUGGAGUCUGCUUUUACUAAAGGCUUUAACUCAUCUAGGUUUGAGAUAUUGUUUAUCUUUAAGGGCAAACAGGGCGUAUUUCUAUAAUUUGUCUAAAAAUUCACCUCAUUAAUGUGGCAUUUAUAGUACUAGAGUUACUAUUUCAUAUUGAUAAAAUUGACUUCCUAGUGACUUGAAAAAGGAGAAAACGGUUUCUUAGCAUCCAUUUCCUAACACCUGUAUAACUGGUUCAAGUGAUCCUCGCUGUUUCUUCCCUACCUUUAACAGUCGUGUUGUCUGAUGCUUACCACAGUUUAUAAUUAUUAUGUCAUGCAGCCCAAAGCAUGUGGUCACUUCAGGCAGCUGCUUUUGCAGCUGUGCCUAAUAAGGCAAUGCACCCCAGAAAGUCCUUUACUACUGUCUCGAAAAGAACUCUGUAGAGAUCUAGAUGGAGACAUUAGUGCCUGCGAUGUCUACAAGGUUCUUUCUCUUCCCCUCCCCGCAUUGUUCAAUUGGAACACACAUUUUAAUGAACAGUUGAUCAAUACUGUAUCUAGAGAAAACCAUGUCCUAAAAUGCUGGCUCUCACAUUUAUCUGUGAGCCAUAUGUGGCCAGCUUUUGGGAGUCUCGGAAUCCUGCCGACUCACGUAGGGCAGUCCUCAUACCCUUUACACCCUCUCUGCUUUUGUCCUAAAUGACAGAGACCAUUAUAAAUACUAAUUCAAAUUAAUCCCCACCUUUUUACCAAAGUGCAUACAUCAUGGGCUCUGUCUUAAAAAUAGUAUACCCAUAAAUAUUGUGACCCAUUAAAAGAAUUCCAUUGCCAUAGCCAUGGCCUUUCUAGUGAUCUCUUCUUUGAAGUAGUAUUCUCAUGGUGAUAUGGCUAAUAAUUGACUUCUUAAAAAUUUCUGCUCAUCUACCUUUAGAAUUCUCUAGGGCAGGCAGACUUUUGUUAUAAUAUUAUAAGACUUAUGCUGAAUUUCCCGGAUUAUUAUAUAGACAUGCUGUAGUAUUUAACACAACUACAGUUUAUCUUUGUGCUUUGGUUAACAAGCAGGCUUAAGAGAAUGAUUGGUAAAUGCAAGUGAAUUAAGUUACACAUAACUACCAGGUAAAUGCUCACGUUUUCAUGUAGAUAGAGUUUUAUGUUGUGGUGUAAAUUCUUCCAUUCUUUGUAAAAUUAACAAAAGGAUUUGCUAACUUAAUAUCUGUAGAAUAUUAGAAGAUUCCAGUCAGUCAGAGGUGGCAUAUUUAUGAUGGCUGAGCACAGUUACUCCGUCAGUUACUUUCCAAAGUCUUCAGUAUAUGCCACUCUUGUCACCAACACUCCAAAACCUAGGAGAAUCUGCCCUGAUCGUUCUGUGCCUCGUGAUUUAAGUUUUCCUGGGAAAUAAUUCUAAGAUAGGCAGAGUGUAAUACAAAUGACAGAACUGUUGAAAGUUUUUUUAGGAAGUGUGCUUUGUGCCACUGAAGACUGCACAUAGAAAGAGAUUCUUCUAAGCCAGUCCUGUUUGCUGUCACCCUAGACAUGAGCCAAAGCCGUCUUCAGCUGGUUGGUAGCAUGCACGUGUGUUUGACUUUCCCCAUCCUAUUGAAAAGUCACAAGAUGAACAAAUUCCAGAUUCAAAAUCCUUGAAAUACUUUGAUGAAUAUUUACCAGAUUGUAAAUGUUUUGGGUGGGCUGUUUUGGAACAUGAAGAUCAACAGGUAGGUUAGGUCCCUGCCUUACUUUCAGUGCUGUGGAUAUGUCUCUGGGAGCUUACAGUGCUUCUCAAAUGCAGCUGUCACUGGAGCUCAUUUACUACUCAAACCAUAGACAAAUAAGUGAUGUAAUGACCUUCAGUAUUUUUCUAUUGAACAAAGUUAUCAAUUUUUGCCAUUAAACAGAUAAUUAGUUAUGCAAAGUAUUUAGCUUUUGUAAUCAUUUAGUUGUAACUAAAAGGGGGAACUUGAACUGUAUCACUGAUAAUGAACUUUGUGAGAAAUUAUUUGUUUAUCUGACUUCCAUUCCUUCAGUAUUCUUGCUAUAAUUUUCUUUUGGAGAUAAUGAUUCUUUAUUUGAAAGAUGUCUAAAAUGUAUGUAUAUUUUAUAAAUAUAUAUUAUAUAUAUUAUAGGGAUAUAUAUAAUAUAUAGACUAUAUAUAUCUAUCUAAACCAUGGGUGCAUUUUACUGUUUGUGUCUUCACUUUGGGAGGUAGUAUACUCAUAAGUUGAUGAGUCCGACGAGUGUUGUGCUGUUUGCUUUUACAGUAUAAUAUAUAGUUCCAAGUGUUUAAAUACUGUAUAUACUAUAUUCAUCAUAGGCUAGCAUGCUUGUUUUAAAGACUGUCAUUCUAGUUUAUUAAAAUCUGAAUGUAAGAAAACCUGGCUAUUCAAAUGUGAAUUGAAAAAAUUCCAUUAUCAGAACUGAACUAUUUCCAUUGAACAUUCAAGCUUUUUAACAAAAUGUGUCAUUGAGAAGGCAAUAGCUAGAAAGUGAGAGGUGCCUUUUAAAAAUUCCUACAAAUGCAGCCUUACAGUGAGGGUGAAGAUUGAAUCUGUGUCAAGGGGUGGGAGGGGGAAGAGACAGUGUGAGAGAGAGUGUGUGUGUGUGUGUGUGUGUGUGUGUGUGUGUUUGCCAACCUGUGAAGAUCCUGAUUUGUGAUUGUCAGUGUCAUUUAAUGUAUCGAUUCUACUUCCAGGACUUGAGGGGGCAUUUCUGCAUAGUCGCUGUGCUCCUGGGAGCACUUGCUGUGCUGUCCAAAAGAUUUGAAUGUGAACUCCUAGAAAAUUCAGUAAAGAAUAAAUAGCUGUUUUUUUUUUUUUUUCAUUAAAAUCAAUUUCAGGUAACAAAUUAUUGGUUCCCCAGAACUAUGGGAUCCUUGUUGAUAUUGUAAUUUUUUAAAGCUUGACUUUUUAGUGCUCCAUGUGUUUCCCCUGUUCACAAGAUGAUGAGGAUUGAACUAGUAAAACUCGCUUUUAGAUGAAACACUUGAACUAACUAAACUCCACCUAACAGUAGUCUUGAGUUGAAAUGGCCUCACUCAUAUCUACCUCACUGUCAUUGCCGCCAUUCUAAGUAGAACAGCCCUGUCUGGCAUUAAAGAUGAUGGUUGAUGCAACUUAAACAUCUGUCUGUCGGUGCUUUCCUCGGGCGCUGUCAUCUCUUGUAUGUCACAAGCAGCCUGUAACAUGCAGGGUUAGCUUUAGGGUUUUUUGCUUGUUUACUUCUUUUCUUUGUUUUCCUAAGUAUGGCUUUAAAAUACCAUCAGUGUUCCUUUUUGGAGGGGGUUGGUUCCCAGUUGUUAUGUCUGUAUGAUAUUUUUAACCCAGAAUCAAAUUGUUACUGAAUUUACCUGAAACUCCAGGCAUAGUGGCACUCUCUUAUGUAAUCAUCACAAGUUCGAGAUCAUCCUCAGCUGUAUAAGGAGUUCAAGGCCAACCUGGGCUGCAUGAGCUCUUUCUUGUCUCAAUACAACAACAAAAAGUUUACCUGGAAAGAAAAGUAUAAUUUUAUUUGACUUACUUUAUUCUUUGAAAAGUAUUUCAACACUCCUAGGUAUAUAAUUAUUCACUUUAUUGACUUAAAAAAUGCCUGUAUAAGUAUGUUACUACUUUGUUUAUAUUGCAGUACUUAGAAUGUUUGACACUGGGAUUCUGGUUGCACAAAAGUAGUAUCUGAUGAAUAGUGUGUGUGUGAUUGCGUGUGUGUGUGUGUGUAUGUGUGAGUGUGUGAGAGUGUGAUUGUGAGUGUGUGUGUGUGUGUAUGUGUGUAUGUGUCUGUGUGUGUAUGAGAAAUGUAUUAUUUCUUAAAGUCCAUUUCAGUGGAAGGUCAGAAAACAUUUAGCAGGUAAACAUUUUGAAUCAGUUUUGCAUUUGCCUCUGAAACCUUUGUCCAUAUCAGGCAUGCAGUUAGGUCUCCAUGUCCGUGGAAGGGACUCCACAUUGACCAAGUGUUUAACAGAACCUUUACAUCAGUUUUAUUGUUAUGUGUUUAGUUUUGAAAAGGUUAUGUUAGACCAAAAGAGAUCUUUAGAUCUCACUGUUUAUUCUAACAAUGUUUCUGAAGUGGUGCUGAGGAUUUUUUUUUUUUUCUGGAUUUUUCUGGAUCUUGGCUAGUCAAGCUUUAGAUUUCAUUUACCUGGGACCACACGCUCAUCAUCCUUCUGGUGCAAAUUAGAAAGUUCAUGUUAAUUUAGAUUAACUUUAAUGUCUGCCUGGGUUUUUACCAGGCUGUGAACCAGUGAGUGCCUUGUUAGUGUAGAAUGAUUUUACCCGCUGUAUGUUAGGUCUCUCUGAGAGGGUCUCAGAGACUACAUUGAGUUGACUGGCGAGCUGCUGAGGUUGGUUAUACAGCAUUAGGAAGUCUUGGUCUGCCAUGUCCACUCUCCCUGCUUUCUCUUCAUUGCUUGGCUGGUGUUGGCCCCUUGUGAGAAAACAAAUGAAGCCCCCUUUACACUUUUUUUUAUUCCCACUUAAGGAGUGUUCCCCCAUUCCCACCCCAGCUAUACGAUCCAAUGCCUGUUUUAGGAAGAACCACUUCUUUGUAAUACUAAAAUCUACCACUUAUUUUAUGUCUUCUCAGUAUCAGUUUACUGGAGUGGAUCUCAGGGUAUCAUCAGUUCAGAUUCCUAAAUAACCCUUUCUCUUCAACCCAAACCCCAACUGGUGAGCCCUGGGCCAGAUUGUUUGAUAUUCAGGUAUCUUAAACUUUAGUUAUAAUAUCAAUUAAUGUAAAUCCAAAUGCGAAUUUGUGUGGUGCAAGAAGUUUCUUUUGUAAAUUCAGGGUAUGGAUAAGCUAAUAAUGAUAUCCAGUUUUGGUGGCUCUAAGUGUAUUAUUUGUUUUUAAAUAAAGUGUACAAAUAUA